AUGAAACAGCAGAAAUGUUGGAAUUUUGUCCAUUACAUCCUGCAGAAUUUCUGGCAUACUGAUGUUGAACAUAUAAAGUCCAGAACUAUUCAUCCAAUAUCUUCACCAUUGGCACAUGAAGUAUUGUUGGUUGUAGCUAGUGUAUCAGUUCUAGUAACUGCUCGUCCUACCGAGGAGAAUUCAGCUGGAGAACCUGGACUCCCGACACUGGUCUUGGAGGAUACUCCGCUCCAGCUUACUCAGAAUAGAGAAGGAGAGCUUGAUGUCGGACAGAAUGGAGAAGUGAAUCUCCAGCUGGCUGACCUUGUGGAUCCUACUGAAUCCACUCCUCCACCCAGUGUUGUGGUGCCUCGCCGCAGAUUCUCUGGAUACGGAAGGAAGAAACGAGAGAGUACUGAUGAUGACACUGCUGAAACUGAUGAAGAAGAACUUCUUGUAAAUCCUGAUCAGACUGAUGACCAACCUCCCCGCAGAGAUUUUGGAGAUCUUACAAGACUUCUAAACAUUGCUGGAGCCAAGCCUCAGAUUGUAGAUCCGAGUGGUGGAUAUUCCGGCAGAAGACGAAGAUCUUCAAUUGAUGAUCAUGAAGAAGAAGUAGUUGAAGUGGUUGAUCCGGCAGCAGAAGAUCAAGCUGAACCUCCCCGCAGAGAUUUUGGUGAUCUCGCCAGAUUAUUAAAUAUUGCUGGAGCAAAGCCUCAGGCUGUUGAUUUAAGCGGCAGCUAUAGUGGCCGCCGACGAAGAUCUGAUAAUAACCUCUACGGUCUUGUUCCUGAGGUUGACCUCGACGCUGUUAAGAUAAAGCCUCAUGGAAAGAAUGGCCAACAAGUUCAGAACUCGGCUAGCGGGAUUCCAGUUGGCAGAGCCAUCUUUGAACCAAGCUUUUCCCGCGUAAAACGAGAUGACUUCAUUCCCUUCAACGAAUAUGACCAGCGAAGAGUAAAAACUUUGAAGAUUGAACAAAAUGAUUUCCUCGCACUGCCUAAACGCUUAGAACAAGAAGAAGAGCAGACUGAUAGGCAAAAGCGUAAAUUUCAAGUAGAAGAAUAGUUCAAAAAGAAACGAAAACCUUAAGCGGUGAUUAAUGUUGUAUCAAAGCGCGAACGGAUAAUUUUGCUGCGCGGUAUUACAAAGAAAACCCCAGUCCUACCCAUUAAAGUUGACUAGACAAGAAUUCAGUGUUUGCAUUAACUGCAAGACAGGAAGAAAAUACAUUCAGUACCUGUAUACCUUUUGCUAGAUUAUUAUAUUUAAAUUAUGGAAAUAAAAAUUUUAAAAUCAA